AUGGGACUGACAAAAGAAUACCUAGAACGACCUCAUCAAGGUAUCUCGGCCAUGUGGGGUCGCUAUCUCGAGAGCGGAGAGUACUCCGACUUCCUGGUGACAUGCGGCGACCGCCAAUUCCACGUCCACCGUCUAGUGAUUUGUCCUCGAUCGAGCUAUUUUCGAGUGAUGUGCAAGGAUAAUUUCAAAGAGGGGAUUAUACAGAAACUGGAGCUUGUGGAUGAGGAUCCGGAUGUGUUCCAGUCCGUGUUGACGUUCUUGUAUACGGGGAUCUACGAAACUGAUAAGAUUACCAAGUGUGAAGAGAUUGAAAAUGCCCCAUCCACAGAACGAAGCUGCCACGGCUCCGAAGACUCUGAAAACGACGACGAAAACCAGCACCAAAGCGGCCGCCCAGCAACCACCGAAGACAUCCUGGCACACGUCCAACUCUACUCCAGCGGCGACAAAUUCGACAUCAGAGACUUGAAAGAAGUAUCCUCCAAAAUGUUCCGGAAUCAAUUGAAUCGUACACCUGUCGAAAAGCUGAAUCUGCCACUAAUCAUUCGUGCUGUGUAUACAUCUACUCCGCACAACGACACCUCCUUACGACCGGUGUUGAUAGAUUAUUGCGUCCAGAAUUUGAAUGCCUUACUCGUUCAACCCGGUAUGGCCGAAGUUCUGUCCGACUUUGGCGAAUGCGCCUUUGAAAUUCUCCGCUCGUACAAAGAUGAAGCCGAUCUACGAUCCCGUAAAGCCGUUGAGGAUCAACGCACGGCGGUGCUGGAAAUCAAAAAGGCUGAAUCGCAACAAUUACGUGAGUCGCUGGCAAAACUGCAAAAGAGAGAUACGCAUCUAAUGGAGAUGUUGGCGUCGCAUCAUAAUUGUCGGAAUUGUGGGAAGGUGUUUGGGGCUGGCCCUCAGGUGUAUGGGCCUAUGAGUGAUAGGGUCAUGUUGAGGUGUAAAGGGUGCUAUACGAAGCAUUCAUAA